AUGACUCUAAAUGGUACCACGAGCAAUGAUCUUCGGGUACUUGACAGUAAAGCUCACAAAACCGAAGCUCACACACGCCAUAAUGGCCCAGAAAACCAAUGGGCUAAUGUUGAGUCUUAUGCUCACAAUGGUGUUGGCUUUGCAUCACGGGACCAGUUUGAGUAUCGGCGAUCUGAAAGCCGAAAUAAUCACCAACAGCAUAGAGUGAUUCGACGACGGAAUCAAAAGCUAUUAACAUUUCAUCAUCAAGCUAUUUUUGAUAGGAAGACGACCCAUCACUGGAGGGCGAAGCAUACUUCUCGUGAAGGUUCUGACUCUUAUAAUCGGAGGGACAAAGGUGAAUGGCGAGAAAAGAACAUAGAUAAGGAAAAAUCUGAAGAUCACGUUCGGCUAGUGGAGCUCUCAUUAUCUAGCAAUGACAUAAGGAUUCGCCGGGAGCAUGAUGUUAGCAGGAGUUCUCGAGGUGAACGAGGUGUUGAGGGCGAGAUAAGUUCUCAUGAACGUCAGCUUGGUCCAUAUGGCCGACACAAGACGUGGGUGGUUAGUGAGAUUGAUAUAAAUGUAAGGCAUCCUAUGGUGGUUGAUGCAUCUGCAGAUCCCCUUGGGAUCAUUGAGGUUCCACAGCGGAAAAGAUUAGCCAGCAAGAUUACUUCUCCAAACAUGCAAGACAAUGUGAUGCUACGUGAACGAAGUGUGGUGCGUUCCUUGACGUAUCCCAUGGAUCUUACUGAGCCUGAGAUUUAG